AUGUCGCCAUCCGACAAUGAUGUGGUCUAUCUAGGCACAAUAGCCCGUCGGGAUGGGUCUCCUGCGUCUGCUUGUCCCACGACUACGGCCGCCGACCGAACCGACUACCAUACCCGCCGAGCAAAACCUCUACGUGUGUCGGACAGUCGCAGCCCCCGCCGCCCCCGCCGCCCCCGCCACCCCCGCCACCACGACGAACCGAUUAUCCCCUUCGAGAUUAGAAAAAAAUAUGUUGCCUUAGGUUGGGUACGGAACUGGAGUGAUCUAACUACCCGGCCAGUCGUGUUUGGCUUCUUUGAUGGAGCUGGUCGCCUCUGUCGCCGGAGGGGACAUAAAGGACCCGAUUCGUCAAUAGACGGCCCCUCAAAUGUGGCCAUUGAUCACGACGAAGUUGAAUACAAACCGCGCUUUCAGGGAAUGUCGAAGACACAAAUUCGAGACGAGCUGUCGCGACAUUUGAUCAAGAAGGCUGGACGAAGUUUGGGACCUGGCGAAAUAUGA